CCCUUUCCGGCUACGGGUCCCGGAGCGGAGCGGGAGGCCGGACCGGGGAAGCGGAGCGGCGGCGGCGGCGGCGGGGUCGGCCAUGGCGGAGCUGGUGCAGGGGCAGAGCGCUCCGGUGGGCAUGAAGGCUGAGGGCUUCGUGGACGCCCUGCACCGGGUCCGGCAGAUUGCUGCUAAAAUUGAUUCAAUUCCUCACUUGAAUAAUUCCACACCCUUGGUGGACCCCUCGGUGUACGGAUAUGGAGUACAGAAACGGCCCCUGGAUGAUGGAGUAGGUAACCAGUUAGGGGCCUUGGUACAUCAAAGGGCAGUAAUAACAGAAGAAUUCAAAGUGCCUGAUAAAAUGGUUGGAUUUAUUAUUGGCAGGGGAGGUGAGCAGAUUUCACGAAUUCAAGCAGAAUCUGGUUGCAAAAUUCAAAUUGCCUCAGAGAGUUCUGGGAUUCCAGAGAGGCCCUGUGUACUUACCGGAACCCCAGAAAGUAUUGAACAAGCCAAACGGCUCCUGGGGCAGAUUGUGGACCGCUGUCGGAAUGGCCCUGGCUUUCACAAUGACAUAGAUAGCAACAGCACAAUCCAGGAGCUUCUCAUCCCGGCAUCGAAAGUGGGUCUGGUCAUCGGCAAAGGAGGGGAGACAAUCAAGCAGCUGCAGGAGCGGACAGGUGUGAAAAUGGUCAUGAUCCAGGAUGGCCCACUGCCCACAGGAGCAGACAAGCCUCUCCGCAUCACUGGAGAUCCAUUUAAAGUACAGCAAGCAAGAGAAAUGGUCCUAGAGAUCAUCCGAGAGAAAGACCAGGCUGACUUUCGGGGUGUGCGUGGCGAUUUCACCUCCAGAGCAGGAGGAGGUAGUAUAGAGGUGUCUGUGCCUAGGUUUGCUGUUGGGAUUGUCAUAGGAAGAAAUGGAGAAAUGAUCAAAAAGAUCCAGAAUGAUGCUGGUGUGAGGAUCCAGUUCAAACCAGACGAUGGGAUUAGUCCAGAAAGAGCAGCACAGGUCAUGGGCCCUCCAGACCGGUGUCAGCAUGCAGCGCACAUCAUCAAUGAGCUCAUUCUCACAGCGCAGGAAAGAGAUGGCCUUGGAGGCCUGGCGGUAGCUAGAGGAAGAGGCCGUGGCCGUGGGGACUGGAGUUUGGGCACUCCUGGUAGUGUCCAGGAAAUUACAUACACAGUGCCAGCUGAUAAAUGUGGCCUUGUAAUUGGCAAAGGGGGCGAGAACAUCAAAAACAUCAACCAGCAAUCAGGUGCACAUGUGGAGCUUCAGCGGAACCCCCCUCCUAACACCGACCCCAACCUGCGGAUAUUUACCAUCAGGGGCGCUCCUCAGCAGAUCGAGGUGGCCAGGCAUCUCAUAGAUGAGAAAGUUGGCGGUGCCGGCCUCGGAGCCCCUGCAGCCUUCGGACAGAACCCCUUCAGCCAGCCACCAGCUGCGCCACAUCAAAACGCCUUUCCUCCCAGGGGCUUCCCCAACAUCGCUGCUAAAGUUAACGGGAACCCCCACAGCACCCCUGUGAGUGGCCCUCCAGCUUUUCUGACCCAGGGCUGGGGCAGCACUUACCAGGCUUGGCAGCAGCCCACACAAGUCCCAAGCCAGCAGAGCCAGCCACAGAGCAGCCAGCCCGACUACAGCAAGGCCUGGGAGGACUAUUACAAAAAGCAGAGUCAUAGCACCAAUGCCGCCCCACAGACCAGCUCCCCACCGGACUACACGAUGGCCUGGGCCGAGUACUACAGGCAGCAGGCCGCCUUCUACGGGCAGACUUUAGGGCAGGCUCAGGCCCACAGCCAGGUCUGUAGCCAGUCCCCAGUGCCAUGAUGCCACCCAGCCUUUGUGCUUACCUAGUCCCUCGGUGAGCACACUGGCCUGUGGGGAUCUCCUCUGUCUCCCUCUGUCCCCGCCUUGGGCUUGCUCAGGUGCUGCUCUCUACAGCUCUGGGCCUUAGUAGCCCAACUAUAAGUAAGUGCUGGACUUUCCCUGCAUUCGCAGGGAACUCCAGGGCCACUCCAGUAGUUGCCCCUGAAGGGCCAGGGCCUUUGUUCAAGGGGGAAGGGCCUGGUGAUCCCUCAGGGCACCUUCCUGGGGACCUGAUGCCUUCAGGCCUUGUGGGAGGCUCCAGCAUCAGGUGGACCGGUGCUGGGGCUGACCCUCUCCCUCCCCCACAGGAGCAGUAGAUGGGCGUCCGCAGCGGCUCUUCCCCGAAAUCAGUGUGAGGAAAACCUGUUUGUUACAGAGAUUUUUAGAUUUGCAAACCUUUCAAUGAAGAACUUUUGUUUUGUUCUGUGAAACACUAUAUUUAGAUUAACAGAAUUUUUCUAAAAAUCGGGAAAAUGAGUUACUAAACAUUGCUGGUAAUUUCUGUGUCAUGAUUCUUUGUCACUUCAAAUGUGUAAGCUCUGGGGUUCUUCUGAGCAAACCUGCGAGCUCAGGUGCCCGAAUUCUCCUCAGAGUCUCGACAUUUCAUCAAAUGAUGGGUUUGUUUUAUUUUUGUGUCUUUUUAUUUACAGUUUUUUUUUGUUUGUUUGUUUCUGUUUUCUGUUGCAACAGAAAAAAUGGCUUGGAAGUCUUAGGUGGUAUUGUAACAAAUUCUUUAAAAAAAUUUAAGCAGUAUUUAAAUAUUCGUAAAUGUAAAUUCAUUAAGUGUUUCACUUCUAAUUACUUGUAUCUUGGCUGUCCAGUUUUAUUGCGUUUUUUUUUAAGCUGAACUAUUAUGUAUUGUAAUUAAUGAUGUGAAUUGUGAGCUGAGACGGGUCCUUGUAUGCGGGAGGGGCGUUUGGGGUUGUGUCAUUUCUAGCGUUCUGAGGGUAGCGCAGAGACGCAGUCCACCUUCAUGUAAGCUGCCCGUCUCUGUCACCUGGUGCGGUUGUAUGUCUAGACCUCCAAGCUGGUUUUAAAAACAAAAAGCCUUUCUCUAUUCUCAGAAAUAUAAAUACUGUUAUUUUUAAUAUUAAAAGAAAUUCAAUAUAACUUUUAACAAACACUGUGGACAUUAAACCAUAUAAAAAUGUAGUAACUAUUUUUUAAUUCCAAGGUGUUUUUUGCUUUUUUCUUUUAAAUAUUUUCUUAAUAUUUGUCAAAUUAACUAGAUAAAUAAAUAAAUCUAGUAUUAACCACAGUAUGAGUUAAAUAAUUUUGAUUUAAUAAAAGGGAUAAUAUGAUUUCCAAUGUUUACUGUAGUGUAUCUUGUACAGAUAACAUGUAUUUUUAAAGAAAAACGGAAUUGAAGCUAUUUUUUCUUGCAUUUUGAAUUGACCCCGAGGAACAUUCCGUUUGAAAUGUGCUCAAGUUACAGUUUCCAGUUCUCUCCUUUUCCUUACAAUGCUUGAAAUGUCUAACUAUUAAAAAGGCAGUUGGAAAUGUUA